CGUGCUGAAUCUCAGUGACCGUGAGCCGUCUGACAUGUUGGAAAGAGAGGAAACGUGCUGACAACUAAAAUGAUGAAUUUAGCCGCUUUAGUUCACAGCCUCAGACGCUCUUUGCUACACAUCGAGAGCAGACUUCUGCAGGCGGCUGGACUAGACCGACACCUGGCUCCAGCUCUGGCGGUUAAUGGCCCCAGCCUCCUGCCUCAGGUCGGCCAGGAGCAUCAGCUAGAGGAGCAGCAGUGUCCGGAGCAGCCCCCUGGCCUCCUGGACAGCAUCUUAUGGAUGGCAGCUCCCAAGAAGAGACGCACUAUAGAGGUCAACCGCACCAGAAGGAGAGCUGACAGCAAACUCCUAAAAGUCAAGACCAACAUUGAGCCGUGUCCAGAGUGCGGCCACUUGAAGCAGAAACACAUCAUGUGUGGCUUCUGUUACGCUAAGGUGUGCAGGGAGACUUCUCUGAUUCGUCAACAGAUUCAAGCUAUGGAAGGAGGCCCGCUGAGGGCGCCGACUGUGGAGACGGUUGUGCUGUAUGAGGGUGAGACUCCAAGCCAGCAGGACAAAGACAAGAGGAUAGUGGAGAGAACGAGGAAGAGACCUGCCUGGUUCAGCUAAUGACGCUGUGUUGUACCUUCAGUUUGACUCAGGUCUGGUCAGAUACAUACUUUAUCUGAUAUAGUGAACAGCAUGUUUUUGUCUGGGCUGUUAUCCAGUAAAUGAAAGAUGUAGAUGUGUCAGUUUUGUUUCCACAAACAUAACCUAUAAGGGUAUCAGCUUGUUUGAUCAGAAGCAAUACAUCUUCAGAUAUAUCUGCGACCAUACUAUACUAUAUCAUUCUAAUCUAAAGAUUUGGUGGUUCACACAACCAUAUAGUUUUUGGUGCUGUUAGUAUCAGACAUCAUUGUUCAUUUUUUGUUUUCUUUUUUUCAACCGUUCUUCAGACUUGAGUCUGAGAGAAGUUCACUGUAUAUUUGAAUGUUUGACAAUAAAUUCCUUAUUUGAAAAAAAGAAUCUUGAGUAU